GCUGGCGGCUCGGCAGACCGCUGGGAGCCGCCGCCCCGCCGGGCGUGGAUGCCGGAGGCCGAGCCCGCCCCGCUCCGGGAGUCAGCGCCGGAGCGGCCAGACGCCGACGGACUGCCAUGGAGGAGGACCUCAAGGAGGGUGGCGAGAAGCCCCGGGGCGUGCGGACAGCAGACAAGGCCGGCUGGGUCAAGAAGAGCAGUGGGGGCUUCCUGGGGCUCUGGAAGGACCGGUACUUGCUCCUCUGCCAAGCUCAGCUGCUGGUCUUCGAGAGCGAGGAUGAGCAGAAGUGUGUGGAGACGGUGGAGCUGGCCAGCUAUGAGAAGUGCCAGGACCUCCGGGCCCUCCUGAAACGGAAGCACCGCUUCAUCCUGCUGCGAUCGCCCGGGAACAAGGUCAGCGACAUCAAGUUCCAGGCGCCCAGCGGCGAGGAGAAGGAGUCCUGGAUCAAAGCCCUCAACGAGGGCAUCAGCCGAGGCAAAAACAAGGUUUUCGAUGAGGUAAAAGUGGACAAGACUUGUGCCCUGGAACAUGUGACGCGCGACCGUGGCCAGCGGCGCCGGCCACCGACGCGUGUCCACCUGAAGGAGGUAGCCAAUGCGGCGUCUGAGGGCCUGUCCCGCCUGGACCUGGAUGUUCCCGACAGCGCACCCCCCGCCGCUGUCCCCAGUGACCAGGGGGUGGCAGCCCCGGCCCGGGAGGUGCUGUUGCCCCCCAUGCCCCCUUCCAAGCCGUCCCCAGCAGCUGACUGGAGCCACCCUGGAUCCAGAGCAGAGUCCCCAGCCCAGGAGAGGGGCCCCACGCCGGCCCCUGCUGCCUCAGGUGCCGGUGGCAGCGAGAGCCAGGAGGACUCAGUGGCUCCCGCUCACGAAGACAGUGACCCCAAGCAGCCCCCCAGCCGGGGAGACCCUGAGGGUGACAGACUGAAGGUGAGCUGGGAGGAGCCGGCCCCGGGGCCAGGUUUGGAGGCCCUGGAGCCCAAGCAAGGCGGGCAGUCCCCGACACCCCCGCCCAAGAUCUUGUCGGAGAGACUGAGGGUCUCCGUGGAGGUGUCUGAGCCGGCUCCGGGCGCCCAGACUGCUGAGACCGCCGAGACCGUCCCGGGACCUGGCCCGGUGACCGUGAAUGGUGUGGCAGAAGGACAGGAGCCCCUGCAGCCGCCGCAGACCCCCAGCCGCCCGGGGACGCCCACCGCCGACACGGCCCCCGCGGGCUCCACGCCCCCUGCCCAGGCUGAGCCGCCGCCGCAUCCGCACCCGCGCUGCUCCUCGCUGGGGGACCUGCUGGCCGAGGGGUCCCGGCCGCCCACCGAGCGGCUGUACCGGGCGCAGCUGGAGGUGAAGGUGGCGUCGGAGCAGACGGAGAAGCUGCUGCGCCGCGUGCGCGGGGGCGAGCCGGGCGCCGUGGACGCGGAGGCGCUGCUGAGCCAGGCCGUGGAGCAGCUGCGACAGGCCACGCAGGCCCUGCAGGAGCUCCGCGUGGCGGGGAGGCACGGCCCGGACGCCCCCGGCGGCCCCGCGCUGGCCGAGAAGCGGAAGGAGCUCGUGAGCCUGUACCGGCGCAGCGUGCCCUAGCCCGGGAGACCCGCAUCAGGACCGCCGGCCGCCCGCCCGGCCGCGGAGGGCCCUGGACCUGUGCGAUUGGGGUCGUUCCAGACCACCCCAGGGCUUGGGUCCAGCGCUUGGGGUUCUGGGGGUGCCACAUCUGGGUGCCCACCCCCAGGAGUUUACAGCUGAGCCCGGCCCCACCCACCGGUUCCCAAUAGCGGCGGGGUCGUGGGCCAGUGGGGAGCCUGGAGGCUGUGCAGGUGCCCUUUGGGGCAGGGGUCGGGGUGGCAGGCCACGGAGGAGAAGCGUGGCUGUACGCUGCGUCCACCCUUGUAGGCCCCGGUCAGGGUGACCCCUGGAAGGCCCUGUCACUGGCCUCCACAGAAGCAAGUCCGGGCUGAGAGUCCUGAGUGACAAGCCCCGGAGAGAAGCGCCCACACCUGCAGGGUCCCCCACCUGGGGCUGAGGCGUCAGAAUCCAGCUCAGCACCUGUGCCCUAGUGGGUGGGGCCUGCAGCUCUCCCUGCCCCGACCUGGUCCUCAAUAGCCGAUGCCCCGCACAGGGGUGCCUGCCCCCCACCCCGCUCUGCCUCACAUCCAGGCUUUUGGCGGUGGCAGCUGACAGGUGCCCUCGCAGAGCCGGUGGGCGGGGACAGGCCUGCCAGGGGGUCAUUUGUGCACUUUGCUUUCCUGAGAGGAGGGGCAGGUUCGGGCUCCUGGGCUGCCUCAGGUGCUACCGAGGCCGCUGGUUUGUGAGGGGUGAUGUCGGGGAGUGGAGUGGGGAGAGUUUGCUCCGAGCCGCUGCAGUCUGGGCUGGGCAGGGGGCUGGGGAGCCCCCUCAGGCCUCCCCAAGCCACCUUCUGGAGACAGUCUGGGCCCCAUGUCUAGGGUGAAGCCACGGGGGUCUUGGGCGUCCUCAGCCCGGGCCCUGCCGGCUCUCCUCGGGAACAGCUGCCUUGACCAGUCGCCCAGCGGGGGGCCAGGGGCCUUAGCUCAGUCUCCCGCUUCGGUCACCAGAACCUCAGUGUCCUCUUAAGUGAUCAGGCCAGUCCGGCAGCUUGGGACCCGCGGCUGCCCAGGCUCCCGGGGACCCGCGGACAGAUGCUGCCUGCUGUCUGCACUCUCAGGGGGCUGCUACCCCGUGUCUUCUGCUUCAAGCGCCUUUCGUGAGGUUUGGCAAUAAACCCAUGACGGAC